UAAAUUAUUGGUCCAUAAACCCUAAUCAGAACGUCUUCUUCAUCCCAUCUACAAAAACAUCAUUCAUUCAUUCUUUGAUUGAAAUUUCAUUGUUGUUGUAAUAAUAAUGAAAAGAAAAACAUCUAAAAUUAUCAGUUUAAUACUGAAGUACACAAACUCUCAACCAAAUCUCGAUUCAGUUUACAAUAAUUUCGUAAAUAAAGUCAAGACCUUUAGAACUGUUGCUGCUGAAAGAAUUGAUUAUCAAACUCAACCAACUAAUAAUAAUUCAUAUGGUUCAGAGGGAGAAGGGGAUUUUCAGCAGACUGCAGGUGGUGGGUUUCACACACCAAAUCCUUACAGAGGUAAUCCUAAUGAUAAUAACCAACUUCAGAAUAAUGCGUUGUAUCAAAAUGAGUUGCACAAGAACCCCAAUUCUUCAUAUUUCCAAAAUAAUGACAAUAGGAAUUUUCAGCACAACCCUAGUGGGUAUCAUCGUCAGGUACAGAACAUAAAUCCUUAUGGGGUCAAUCGAACCGAGUUGCAGCAUAAUGCUAUUGCUAAUGUAUGUUACAAGAAUGAUUUGAGAGGUUUUGAACAGAAUUUAAAUGAACAUUAUAGAGGAAAUUCUGCUCCACACGGUCCAAAUGAGUCUUCCUAUGGAGAACAUCUGCAGAAACCUGAUGGGGAUCAUCAGCCGGUUAGCAUUGUUAAUUAUGGGCAAAUCCAACAGAAUUCAAAUGGGUAUAACAAAGAAACGAAUGUCUGGGGAUAUCAACAGAAACAAAAUGGAUUGCAUCCGGAGAUGAAUAAGGUUCAUUCUCUAUCAUUAGUGAGUAGUGUGGAGUCUGAAAGUGAAGUGCAGUGUAAUGGUACUCUUGAAGAGAUGGAUGGUUUCUGUAACGAGGGUGAUCUGAAGGAAGCUAUGAGGGUUUUGAACUUGUUAUAUCAACAAGGUAUUGAGAUUGGUUUGCUCCGGUAUCGUGAGUUGAUGAAGGUUAUUGGGGAAGUUGUUGCUAAAGAAGAGGCAAAAUUGAUUCAUAAUCAUCUUAUGAAGACAAAGUUCUCCUCGGAAACCAUCUUACAGAAUAAGGUAUUAGAGAUGUAUUUGAAGUGUGGUUUAGUGUCUGAUGCUCAUGAUUUGUUUGGAAAAAUACCCGCAAGAAAUCUGACUUCUUGGGACACCAUGAUAGUUGGUCUGGCAAAAAAUGGAUACGGAGAAGAUGCAAUUGAUGUGUUCACCGAAUUCAAGGAGGCAGGAGGAAGACCCGAUGGCCAAAUGUUUCUUGGGGUUUUUUACGCUUGUAGUACACUUUGUGACAUUGAUGAAGGAAUGUUGCACUUUGAGUCAAUGAGUAAAGUUUUUGGUAUUGCACCCUCCAUGGAUCAUUAUGUGGGUGUUGUGAAAAUGUUGGGAAGUACAGGAUACUUAGGAGAGGCUUUUGAGUUCAUUGAAAAUAUGCCAGUUGAACCAAAUAUUGAUGUUUGGGAAACUUUGAUGAAUCUUUGCAGAAUUCAUGGGAAUCUGGAAACUGGGGACCUUUGUGCUGAUAUCGUUGCUCUCUUAGACCCCUCACGGCUAAAUGUUGAAUCGAAGGCCGGUCUUGUGCCAGUGAACCCCUCUGAUUAUGUAAUAGCUGAGAAGAAAAAAAAGUAUGUCGGCCAGAAACCUUUAGGAUUACAUAGUAAGGUUCUACAGUAUAGGGCAGGGGAUACAUCCCAGGCAGAUGACAAAAUAUAUGCCCAUUUGAAUACGCUGAGUGCACAUAUGAAAGAGUGUGGUUAUGUACCUGAGCUUAAAUGCGCAUUGCAUGAUGUGGAUGAUGAAAGUAAAGCUACAGGACUUCUUGCACAUAGUGAAAAAUUGGCUUGUGUUUCUGGUCUCUUAAGUACCCCUGCUCGCAGCCCUAUUCGAAUAAUUAAGAAUCUUAGAGUCUGUGUGGAUUGCCAUAACGCAUUGAAGAUUAUCUCAAAGCUUGUUGGAAGGCUUAUCAUCGCUCGCGAUACCAAACGGUUUCACCAUUUUGCAGAAGGGGCGUGUUCCUGCAACGACUUUUGGUGAUGCGGUAUUAAGGUCUUGAAGGUGUUAAAUCCUAGUUUUGAUCCUUCUCAAAGCUAACUUAAUAUAGCUAGGUUUCGGUGAUGACUAAUCCUCCACAUCUGUCGUCAUGUGCAUUCUAUCAAAGCAGACAAAUGAUGAAGAAACUGAGUGGUCGGUACGACACGAGGAAUGUGAAGCUUGGCAACAUUGAUACACGUUCUCUUUAAUGGACGAAGGAAUGAUGUAGGGCAGGCUGGGUAUACUCCCCCAACAGUUUCAGAGGUGAGAUUUAAAGCGUACAGAGAAAGCCGUUGCCGCAAAAGUGCUGCUGCGGCAGCAGGAGAAAUUCCAUGGAAGUGUAAUUCACAAAGAGAAAACUAUAAGUGGACUUGCUUUUCAGGGAACCUGGAAGAUUGGAUGUCCUACUAAAUAAUGUCCUUGUUCUGUAACCAAAAUGAGGCAUUCUCAAAGUAAAUACAGGCUUCAAAUUUGAGGCAACACAAAAUGAGGCAUUC